CGCCAGGUGGCGCAAAACGGACCCGCCAUGUAGCUUAUUGUCCGGUGUUCGUAUGAGCCUCGGUUUUGGAAGAAGGGGCGAAAAAGCGGAACAGCCCCAAACGUAGCAGAGGCUGUGGACGAGCCCUCGGAUCCCAGUUUUCUACUCCAGUGUGCGGGUGCAGGUAGCUGGGAUCCGGCCGUAAAAACUUUAAUUUAUUCUAAUCCCUAGUAGUGGAUGUAAAGAUACCACCAGGCGUCUAGAGGAAUGAAUAAAAUGCGGCCGGCGGCGCUUUUUCGGGGAUGUCAGAUGAAGUUUCUUCGACUCUUUGUGAUACUACUUAUUGCUCUGGGGAUGCGCACUUCAGCGGGCACAGAUGUCCCCCAUGACCCCAAAGCAGUGUCCACGGCUUCAUGGAACAUCUCCAGCGAACCUGAGAAAGACCACUUCCUGAAGCUGGAGGCCCCCCUGAACAACAUCACCACAUCGCUGGGCCAGACAGCAGAGCUGCACUGCCGCGUCUCGGGCUUCCCAGCGCCCUCUAUCCGCUGGCUGAAGAACGACGCCCCCGUCAUGCAGGAGCCGCGCCGAAUCUCCUACCGCCCCACCGCCUACGGCUCACGCCUCCGCAUCCGCAACCUGGACACUACGGACACCGGCUACUUCCAGUGUGUCGCCACCAACAGCUUUGGCUCCGUCUCCUCCACCGGCAUCCUCUUCGUCAAAUUCGAUCCGCACCCCACCCCCGGCGGAGGAAGGCCCUCUCCGGACGAGUAUGAUGAGGAGGGCUUCUGCCAGCCUUACAGGGGCAUCGCAUGUGCCCGCUUCAUUGGCAACCGCAGCAUCUUCGUGGACUCUCUGCAGAUGCAGGGCGAGAUUGAGACUCAGAUCACAGCGGCCUUCACCAUGAUUGGCUCCCUGAACCACCUAUCGGAUCGCUGCUCGCAGUUCGCCAUCCCCUCGCUGUGUCACUUUGCCUUCCCGGCGUGUGACCGGAGCUCGGGGGUGGACCGGCCGCGUGACCUCUGCCGGGACGAGUGCGAGAUCCUGGAGAAUGACCUGUGCAAGACGGAGUACAUCAUCGCCCGCUCGAACCCCGCCAUCCUCAAACGGCUCAAGCUGCCCAACUGUGAGGACCUACCCCCCCCCGACAGCCCCGAGGCGGGGCGCUGCAUGAGAAUCGGCGUCCCGCUUGCCGAGCCCAUCAACAAGAACCACAAGUGCUUCAACAGCAGCGGUGUGGACUACCGGGGGACGGUCAGUGUGACCAAGUCCGGUCGCCAGUGCCAGCCCUGGAACUCCCAGUAUCCCCACAGUCACACGUACCUGGCGGUUCGCUACCCGGAGCUGAACGGAGGCCACUCCUACUGCCGGAACCCGGGCAGCAAGCAGGAGGCGCCCUGGUGCUUCACCCUGGACGAGGGUGUUCUCAUGGAGCUCUGUGACAUCCCUAUGUGUGACUCAAAGGAGAACCGGGGAAAGGGCAGCAUGGAGAUCCUCUACAUCCUGGUCCCAAGUGUGGCCAUCCCCUUGGCCAUCGCCCUCCUCUUCUUCUUCAUCUGCGUAUGCCGUAACAAUCAGAAGGCUUCGCGGCCGGCUGCUGCCCGCCAACCCAAGCCUGUCAGGGGCCAGAACGUGGAGAUGUCAAUGUUCAGCACCGCCUACAAGCCCAAGAGCAAAGCCAAAGAGCUCCCCCUGUCGGCUGUGCGGUUCAUGGAGGAACUGGGUGAAUGCGCCUUCGGCAAGAUCUACAAGGGCCACCUGUACCGGCCAGGAAUGGAGCAUCCACAGCUGGUGGCCAUCAAGACCCUGAAGGACUUCUCCAGCCCGCAGCUGUGGGGCGAGUUCCAGCAGGAGGCGUCGGUCCUGUCUGAGCUGCAGCACCCCAACGUGGUGUGCCUGCUGGGCAUGGUGACGCAGGACCAGCCUGUCUGCAUGCUCUUCGAGUUCCUCAACCAGGGCGACCUGCAUGAGUUCCUGGUCAUGCGGUCACCGCACUCAGACGUGGGCUGCAGCAGUGAUGAAGACGGCACCGUCAGGUCCAGCCUGGACCAUGCCGACUUCCUGCACCUGGCCGUCCAGGUGGCCGCGGGGAUGGAGUACCUGGCCGGCCACUUCUUCGUCCACAAGGACCUGGCGGCCCGCAACAUCCUAGUAGGCGAGCAGCUGCACGUCAAGAUCUCCGACCUGGGCCUGUCACGGGAGAUGUACGCCUCCGAUUACUACCGCGUGCAGCCCAAAUCCCUGCUGCCCAUCCGCUGGAUGUCCCCUGAGGCCGUCGCCUUCGGCAAGUUCACCACCGACGCAGACAUCUGGGCCUUUGGCGUGCUGCUCUGGGAGAUCUUCAGCUUCGGCCUGCAGCCCUAUUACGGCUUCAGCAACCAGGAGGUCAUGGAGAUGGUGCGGAAACGCCAGCUGCUGCCUUGCCCCGAGGACUGUCCCCCUCGCAUGUACGCCCUGAUGACCGAGUGCUGGCAGGAGGGUCCUGCUCGCCGGCCUCGCUUCAAAGACAUCCACGCCCGCCUACGCGCCUGGGAGGGCCUCUCUUCCCACGGCAGCUCUACGUCACCCUCUGGUGGCAACGCCACCACCCAGACGACCUCCCUGAGCGCCAGCCCCGUCAGCAACCUCAGCAGCCCGCGCUAUGCCGGCUACAUCUACCCCGCCCAAGGUUUGCCCCCAGGGCAGAUUGCCGGAUUUGUGGCGGCGCCCAUGCCACAGAAUCAGAGAUUCAUCCCGGUGAACGGGUACCCGAUCCCUCCAGGCUACGCCGCCUUCCCCGCCGCGCACUUCCAGCCCCAGGGCCCCCCCCGGCUGCUACAACACUGCCCGCCCCCAAAAAGCCGCUCGCCCAGCAGCGCCAGCGGCUCCACCAGCACCGGUCAUGUGACCAGCGUGCCGUCCACAGGCUCCGCCCACGAUGCUAGCACUCCCCUUCUGUCGCACUGCAUGACCCUGUCCGGCAUUCCGGCCGCGGGGGCGGUGCCUGUCUUCAGUCACAUGACCCAGAAGGCACUUCAGAUGGACUCCACACAAGCCAGCCUGCUGGUAGACUCCACCAGACACAAGUACACUGAGUCUGUCAUCACGGCCGACCUGUAAAUACACCCCAUUUUUUUUUAGAUAUUAUAAUUAUUAUUAUUAUUAACUGUCUUCUGUAAAUACAAAGGCUGAAUGAAAUGCAAAGAUUUAUAUUCAGAAAUCUUUUAUAAUGGAAAUAAACCCCAGACUGCCUUGAUGGACUCUUCUUCGAGAUCUUAGCCCUUCCCGUCGCUGACAUGAAAUGUAACCCGAGAACCGGGUUAUUUACGUGACGAGAAAAAAAUCACGCUGAUUGCGAGAGUGACCUCUUGGCUCCUAUUAAGUGCCUGGGCUUUGGUACGAUCGAUGAAUCUGGCUGCUCCACCAAAAACACAGAAUAGCUCGCUUUUGACGGGUUUUUUUUUUUAUUUCCACUGGUUAUUUCACAUUAAUGACAUUUACAGUUACCGUGUGUUGUUAUAAUAAGAAUGUAAGCAGCUGUUUCCAUCCAGAAACAGUGCGAAGGUCACUUAUGAGCCUUAUACUGACAUAAGGGUUGAAUUAAGGGGGGCUGGGGGGGAGUGAUGGAGAUGUUUCAGUGACAUGGAUGCAGCAGCAAUCGUAGGCCUAAAUGUGCUUAAUCAGCCAAUUAUCAGACUCUCAGUCUCUCAUUCUUCCUUUUCUGGAACCAGAUGUUUUAUACCACUGAUCUCCUUCUUUUGGCUCCAUCACAGAGAGUCGAAAAAUUGACACAAUUCAGAAUAUUUUUGUUUUUGUUUAAUGGUAUGACACAGUCUCCUUAUCAUCCUGUCCACGCCCCCCCCCCGCUUGCUGUGUCCCCACUGGCAACUUUGAUCAGGAUUAUAGGUUGGAAGAUGGAUGGACAGUUGGAUGCUUCUUUUUUACCUUUUAGGUGUGGGACUGAAAGAUUGAACCAUUUACAACAAAUCCUGUAAAUGUGCAAGAGGAUCCGUGUAAGAAACUACAUUUCAUUGGUUGAAUGUGUUUGUUGCUAUGCAACUAUUUAAUACAAGGGUACAAUAAUCACCUGUAUAGAAGACAAUCAUUAAUGCAGCCAAUUGUGAGACGCGUAACAUGAGAAUGAAAAUAUUCACAGGUCAGUCCAGAGUUUUUGGAAGAUUAAUACUAGGGUGACUGAAUGUGUGAUGUGCUCAGACAGAUGCAGCUCAGUUAUUUUAAAUUAAAAACUUACUCUUGAUGUUUUGAUGGGAGCGGUUUCACUUACCCAGGUGUCUGGAGUUUUGUAUUGAUUUCGUGUGUUUAUGCUCUAAUGUUCCAGUUCAAAAACCACUCCAAUACAAGAAUGUGAAGCUUGGCUACUGGAUAUUAUGACUUCUGCGAAAAAAAUGUUAUAGAUAUUCUUUAAUGGGCAAUUGCAUAACUUUGUAAAAUUCAGUUUACAAAAUUACAGGAGGUUUACAGUUUCCAUACUGUGUUACAUGACCACAGGACUUUGAUGUAUUUCAGAAGGUAUUUGCACAAACCUUUUGUAUUGGGAAAUAAAUUAU